AUGUGUGGCCCAUUCAAAUCCAUGCAGGCCAUUUUGCGCCUCCUGGAAAUAAUCUUCAGUGCUUUAGCUCUCGUCAUCGCCUUGUCCAUGGGCAGGAUAGUGAGACCAUGGGGCAUCUGGUGUGACUUUGUCUGGGCUUUCUGCAUCAUUGUGCCCCUGGUCCUGCUCGUGAUGGAGGCCCUAAAGUGGAAUAUCCUCCUGGCUGCCUUCCUUCCCAACUGGAACGACCUGUGCUGCGGGCUGACCUUGCUGUGUACUGUGAUGAUCAUCUCUGCGUCAAUCAGCUUUGGGGUUGUUUUCGUCUGCCUCUCCUGCAUUUCAAGAAUAAUUUGUCUUGUCUUCUCCCUGAUUGCGACUGGGAUCUUCCUGGUUGACUCGAUAAUGCAAAAAAUGAAGUGUCCAAGCGGCUACUUAUCCAGUUUGAGAGGAGUUCUCCGCACAGCUGAAGCCUUUAUAGCUUGUAUUAUCCUCACUGCAGCCUCUGACUAUUUUGCACUUUGGCCAUGGACCCCUCGUCCAACUGGAAUGAUAUGCAGCACCAUUGUCUUUUUCGUUUGCCUGCUUGGCACUGUGGUCAUCAUUCUUCUACAUCUGCUCAAGCUACUGCGGUGUCUAGUCUCAUUUGGACUGAAUUUGAUGGAACUCGUGUUCAACGUUUUGGCAGUGCUGUUGUACCUGCUCGCUAUCAUUCUUUGGUGUUACUUUGGUUACAGACACUAUUUCUACUACCGUAUCCACUAUCUUGGACACCCCUACAACUGCUGGAAAUGUGCCUAUGCAGACCUGAAUGCUGUUACUGUUGGAGCCAUAAUCAAUCUUAUCCUUUACAUUGUAGAUCUGGUUUUGUCUAUCAAAGCUCGCUAA